AUGAGCGUGCCGAAGGCGGCUGCGGGGAUCGGACUCGGGGUCCUGGGCGCGCUGCUCCUCGCGCCGCUGGACGCGCUGUGGAGGGCGGCUCUCUGCGCCGUCCUCCUCGCGUCGGCCUGGCUGUACCGGCUGCUCUUCUGCCCCCUGGAGCUCCUCCGGUCACCGGAUGAUGUGGGCUACGUCGCCCGGGGCGGCCGCAGCAGGGCGCAGGCGGCCAACGAGGCGCGCAGGAGGCGGAAGGUGGGAGAGCUGCCGCCGGUCUACCCGAACGGCUGGUACCGGGUGCUGGACUCACACGUGCUGCGCAGGGGAGAGGUCAAAAAUGUCUCCAUUCUAGGAGAGCAGGUGGUGGUGUUUCGGGGUGAGGACGGGAAGGCCCACGUGUUGGAUGCCUACUGCCCUCACCUGGGCGCCAACCUGGCGGUGGGAGGACGGGUGGUGGGAAGCUGUAUCGAGUGCCCGUUCCAUGGAUGGCAGUUUCGAGGGAAUGAUGGGAAGUGUGAGAAGAUUCCCUACGCAGAGAAAGUGCCAGAGUUUGCUAAAGUGCGCAGCUGGACCAGCCAUGAGGUCAACAAGCAGAUUCUGGUCUGGUUUCACUGCGACGGAGAAGCGCCUGAGUGGACCGUGCCCGAGCAGCGGGAGAUCACGCAGGGCGAGUGGGUCUACAGGGGGAGAACCGAGCAUUUCAUCAACGCUCACAUACAGGAGAUUCCUGAAAAUGCUGCAGAUAUUGCUCACCUGGCUCACCUGCACACCCCAGGCAUCCUCAGUGGAGCAGAUCUGCGCUACACCAACAGCAAAACCUGGGACUUUGUGCGCCAUGACUGGAAGGUUCAGUGGGAACCGGAGUCAGAGCCCAACAAGCAUUGUUCUCAGAUGCUGGUCAAACACGCCCUCACUGUGUUCGGAUGGCACUGGCCUCUGCUGGAUGUCCAUGUUGUCGCCAGGCAGGUGGGUCCCGGCGUGGUGUUCCUCCUGUUCAACCACAGCUUCCUGGGCCGAGGUGUGAUCAUGCACUGCGUCACUCCGGUGGAGCCUCUGCUGCAGUGUGUCUCUCACACCGUCUUCUAUCAGUCCAACGUCCCUGCGGUGGUUCCCAAAUUCAUCCUGAAAGCCGAGUGCAUUCAGUUCGAGCGCGACGUGAUGAUCUGGAACAACAAAACGUACAUCGCCAAGCCUCUCCUGGUGAAGGAGGACUCGGCCAUCCAGAAGCACCGGCGCUGGUUCAGCCAGUUCUACAGCGACAACAGUCCGCGGCUGCGGCACCAGCGCGACACGCUAGACUUCUGA